AUGCCUAGAUACUGUCUUUUUGGUGAUACGGUAAACACAGCAAGUCGGAUGGAGAGCAAUGGAAAACCGGGUCGCGUACACAUGUCGGAUGAUGCGAAGGAGUUUCUCAUGAAAACAUUCAACGGAUAUCAAACUUUAUGUCGAGGAGAAGUGCUGAUAAAACCUACUGUUUCACCCUUUAAUACUUCGUGCCACAUUGGCUACCCUAGAAUACUUCCUGUCCCAUUGGCUAUCACUUGUGGUUCUUUCCAUCUCGCCCGGCGUUGCUCUUCCAGUGGCGUGACCUUGCUCAAGAAAUCACUUAGCUUAGUGUUCACUCAAAAAUGUGAGCUUCAACGAAUGCAGUACACGCCGUUUGUUGGGUACACCGGAAGCAUCGGCGCUCUCUAUCUCGCCAUUGAUCAGAUUCGCAAACGCCAUCUUCUGGACAACUUCGAUUUCAAUGUGACUAUUCGCUACGAUAACUGCAUCGAAGAGGAAGCCGUGGGUUAUGCUGUUGAGCUUAUUCGUGACUUCGAAGUUGAUGUAAUCAUUGGACCAACGUGCAACGUUCCAGCGAUAGCUGUUGGAGUGAUUGCAGCUUAUUACAAUCUUCCGAAUUAUAUUUGGGGAUUUACAACGGCUAACGAACUCGCUGUUGUUCCUCGCUUCCCAACGGUUAUCAUUAUGACGCCAAACUAUUUCACUCUAAGCCUCGCCUUACUAUCUAUCAUGGAACACUUUGAAUGGAAUCAAUUCGCGUUCAUCUACUCCGAUGAUGAAGACAAUCAGAAAUGUCCCAUCUUUGUGAACGACAUCCAGGCACGUCGAAAUCUGAUGUUUCUACUCCCGUUGAACGUCUUUGAUGAGAUCACGCUUAAUGAGGACUAUGACGAGUCGUCUGCAAUAAGUGAGUUCUCCGCGAACGUUUCUCAAAAAAUGACGGAGCCACCGAUUAACUGUAUGGGAUGUACCGCUUCGAAAGGAUGGAACGAGCAUCAGCUGUUUGUGAUUUUGGCUGCCUGUGUAACUUUGGCGUUCAUCAUAGUUCUUAUUAUGAUUCUGAUUGUAGUAACAAUCAGAGUCAAACAGAAGGAGAGGGAAAAACUCGAUGCCCUCUGGAGGAUUCCUCAUUACGAACUUACGAGAACCACUCAGAAAAGCACAACGCAGUCGUUCUUGUCAGCAUCGUCAGUGAAUCACUCCAAAAUAUUCGAAGCAAAGAAAGAAACCGAUAAAAUUUGUUACUUCUAUCAUGGUGCAGUUCUAAUCCCGAGAGAAAAGUUCGCUUUUGCUCCUGCAGAAAUAAGAUCCGUGCACAGUUCUGUUGUCGUUGUUUGCACGACGGUUGAUUUCAGCACCAAUGAACGUCUGAAAAAGAAAUUUUUCUCCUCAGCUGAAAUGCGAUUCAAGUCGGAAGCCGGAAGGGAAAUGUUAUGGACACCUCCAGAGAUUUUGCGUGGGGACACAGACAACAUGCCAAAUACAGAAGGGGACGUGUACAGCUUCGCCAUCAUUGCUAGCGAGUUACUUACCAAGAGACCUGCAUGGGAUUUGGACAACAGAAAUGAGUCCCCGGAAGAAAUCGUCCGACUGGUAACAAAGUCAGCUACGAAUCCAUUUCGUCCGAGCCUGGAUUCUGUUGAAGUCGUCGACGUUAUUCCUUCAAUGAUUAGCCUCAUCCGCGAAUGCUGGUCUGAAUCGCCGAGAUAUCGCCCAAGUAUGAAAGCAGUGAAAAAACAGCUCAUAUCUAUGCAGAAGGGAAAGAAACAAAAUCUGAUGGACCAUGUAAUGAACACUUUGGAGAACUACGCCAGCUCUUUGGAGGCGCAGGUUGAAGAACGAAUGAAGGAGCUUGUGGCAGAAAAGAAGAAAAGCGACACAUUGCUCUACCGAAUGUUACCGAAACAAGUUGCUGACAAAUUAAAAGCUGGGGAGUCCGUAGAACCUGAAAGCUACGAUGGAGUAACAAUUUUCUUCUCCGAUGUGGUGUCGUUCACAACUCUCGCCAGCAAAUGCACUCCGAUGCAGGUUGUUGCUCUUCUCAACGGAUUGUACACAUUUUUUGACGAGAGGAUCUCGCGUCAAGAUGUCUACAAGGUAGAAACUAUAGGCGAUGGAUAUCUUUGCGCCUCAGGUUUACCUAACAGAAAUGGCCAGGAACAUAUAAAGGCAAUCUGUGACUUGUCACUGGAGCUGAUCGUUGGUCUGAAAAACUUUCGGAUUCCACAUCUGGCAAAUGAGACGCUUAAUAUUCGUGUCGGUAUACAUACAGUGCAAUUUUGCGGCAGCAGAUGA